AUGGCCCAGCUGUUGCACCAUCAGGAUUCUGCAUAUCAGGAUUCUGCGUUCUAUGGCAAGGAAUUGCAUGGGUGCCGAUGGGGUAUUCUUCAAUUCUUUGGAUUUCGCCGUCGCCUGCGGUCCCCAAAGAUGCUACCUGACAAGAAACAUGGUCAGGAGAAAAACAGUCGUGGAAGUAGACACCGAAGCCACUGUUAUGCUCCAUUGACAAACGAAGACAGUGGAAUUCUGGAUGAUGAAAAAAAUACUGAGGUAACCAGAAAACAGAAGACCUCAAAAAGGAAUUCUCGUAAGGCUAGUUUGAGGUCCUUGAUUCUAAGGAAAUUAUAUGGAAAGGAAGGUCAGAAAGAAAAGAUGCUUCCAGUUGCACCAAAGCUACUCCGCACUAUUUCGAUACACUAUCUGAAAAGUAAUGAAUAUGUUCUUGAUGGUGAAUCCGCUUCGAGUUGUGAUGGUUCUUCACAUAGUAGUAAAUUGUCGAUACAAAAUUCUACCAAUAUGAAUUUGCACCAUGCUACAUCUUGCAUCCCAGAUGGUUGUGAUAGUGAUUUAAGUUCUUCACUUCUCCUAAAGAGAGACGACAUCCGUAUGAGGCGAAAGAGCCACCGUAGCAUUUCAAUGGAUGGGGUUCUUCAUAAGGUCCCUUAUGGAAAGAAGGUGUCUGGAGAUGUAAUCAGUGAAGGUCUCCCCCGAUCAGCCUCUGCCACAUAUGAUAGGGAUGGUGUGAAACCUUACUUUGGUACUGCUACAAAGAGGCAUGUAAAUCAAGGUUUUCGGCGUUCACAUUCCCUCAGUGAAUCUUGGGAAAAUUACUCGCGCUUACUUGAUUCCAUUUCAAGUAAUGAAUCCAAAAGAAUACUGACCAACUCUAAGUCUACCAGGGAUCAUUCCCUAGAUGGCCCUAGUGUGAGUACUUCAUUGCAAAGAACUUCUGAAGCCUUCAGGUCUCAAGGUGAAAAUCUUGUAACUGCAGAAGAUGCAUUGGCACCACAUGUUCAAGAGAAAACUGACGUCAAUAUAAAUGUGGAAGUUGCUAAGGGUGAGAGCUCCAGCGAUAUGGUUGCUGGUGGCUCUGAAAAUCCUGCUUUACCUGACGAGUACGUUGAUGACAAAACUGAAGAAGACACAUGCACUGCUCCUUCACCUUCAGAAGCUGUUGAUAUCUCAGAAGAACAGAAAAUUUCAAAACCCACAGAAGGUACUUUUUGUGUUCCUUACCCCAGUCACGAAUUUGAAGCGGACAUAAGUCUAAGCUGUGAACAAGAAACUGAAAGCCCAAUGUCUGUUCUUGACGUGGCCUUCUCAGAUGAUCCUGAUCUUCCGGUGAAACGCACCCCGCUGGAUGAUACGUUGUUGAACCCAAGAAUUCUCCAUUUAAAUGAUGCUGAUGCUUCAACUGGCGCUGCUAUCGUACAAGAAAGUGACUUUGAUGGUCUCCAAAACAUUACAGCUCUCCAAGAAGUGGAUUGCCAACACUACGAGGCCGCGGCAGCAUCAUUGGACUUCACGGAUAUGUCCGCUGAUCAGUUACUUUUGUUCGACUUGACAAAUGAAGCCCUGCUGGACAGUUACAAUAAAUAUUCUGUUUCAAAGUCUAGAUUCUACUGGUUCUCAUCUUUUGAUAGACCGAAACCUGUGGGAAACGGUGUUCUCGAGGAAUUGUGGUCUAGAGUGAGCUGCCAUCUGGAUGAACGACCGUGGUCCAGCAUCGAAGUCGACACGAAUUUGUCGAAUGACCUAGGCAAGAGCGAUCCCUGGACGAAUUUUCCGAGAGAUGCUGAUUAUCUGGGGAACAAGUUGGCAGACUUUGUAUUGGACAAGCUUCUGACUGAGCUCGUCCUUCAGCUUGCAGAGUUUUAA